AUGGACCCCCGAAUGGAAUCUGCCCCUACCCAGACCUUCCACAGCCCCUACCCAGACCUUCCACAGCCCCUACCCAGACCUUCCACAGCCCCUACCCAGACCUUCCACAGCCCCUACCCAGACCUUCCACAGCCCCUACCCAGACCUUCCACAGCCCCUACCCAGACCUUCCACAGCCCCUACCCAGACCUUCCACAGCCCCUACCCAGACCUUCCACAGCCCCUACCCAGACCUUCCACAGCCCCUACCCAGACCUUCCACAGCCCCUACCCAGACCUUCCACAGACCCUACCCAGACCCUCCCCAGCCCCUACCCAGACCUUCCACAGCCCCUACCCAGACCUUCCACAGCCCCUACCCAGACCUUCCACAGACCCUACCCCAGACCUUCCCCAGCCCCUACCCAGACCUUCCACAGCCCCUACCCAGACCUUCCACAGACCCUAUCCAGCCCCUACCCAGACCUUCCACAGACCCUAUCCAGCCCCUACCCAGACCUUCCACAGCCCCUACCCAGACCUUCCACAGCCCCUACCCAGACCUUCCACAGCCCCUACCCAGACCUUCCACAGCCCCUACCAGACAGACCCUUCCACCCAGACCCCCAGCCCCUACCCAGACCUUCCACAGACCCUACCCAGACCCCACAGACCCUACCACAGACCCUCCAGCCCCUACCCAGACCUUCCACAGACCCUACCCAGACCUUCCACAGCCCCUACCCAGACCUUCCACAGACCCUACCCAGACCUUCCUUCCACAGCCCCUACCCAGACAGACCCUACCCAGACCUCCACAGCCCCUACCCAGACCUUCCACAGCCCCUACCCAGACCUUCCACAGCCCCUACCCAGACCUUCCACAGCCCCUACCCAGACCUUCCACAGCCCCUACCCAGACCUUCCACAGCCCCUACCCAGACCUUCCACAGCCCCUACCCAGACCUUCCACAGGCCCUACCCAGACCUUCCACCCAGACCUUCCACAGCCCCUACCCAGACCUUCCACAGCCCCUACCCAGACCUUCCACAGCCCCUACCCAGACCUUCCACAGCCCCUACCCAGACCUUCCACAGCCCCUACCCAGACCUUCCACAGCCCCUACCCAGACCUUCCACAGCCCCUACCCAGACCUUCCACAGCCCCUACCCAGACCUUCCACAGCCCCUACCCAGACCUUCCACAGCCCCUACCCAGACCUUCCACAGACCCUACCACAGACCCUAUCCAGCCCCUACCCAGACCUUCCACAGCCCCUACCCAGACCUUCCACAGACCCUACCCAGACCUUCCACAGCCCCUACCCAGACCUUCCACAGCCCCUACCCAGACCUUCCACAGACCCUACCCAGACCUUCCACAGACCCUACCCAGACCUUCCACAGACCCUACCCAGACCUUCCACAGACCCCACCCAGACCUUCCACAGCCCCUACCCAGACCUUCCCCCUACCCAGACCUUCCACAGACCCAGACCUUCCACAGCCCCUACCCAGACCUUCCACAGACCCUACCCAGACCCCUACCCAGACCACAGACCCCUACCCAGACCUUCCACAGACCCCCAGACCCUACCCCCUAGCCCCUACCCAGACCUUCCACAGCCCCUACCCAGACCUUCCACAGACCCUACCACAGCCCCUACCCAGACCUUCCACAGACCCUACCCAGACCUUAUCCAGCCCCUACCCAGACCUUCCACAGACCCUACCAGACAGACCCCUACCCAGACAGACCCUACCCAGACCUUCCAGCCCCUACCCAGACCUUCCACAGCCCCUACCCAGACCUUCCACAGCCCCUACCCAGACCUUCCACAGACCCUACCACAGACCCUAUCCAGCCCCUACCCAGACCUUCCACAGACCCUACCACAGACCCUAUCCAGCCCCUACCCAGACCUUCCACAGACCCUACCACAGACCCUAUCCAGCCCCUACCCAGACCUUCCACAGACCCUACCACAGACCCUACCACAGACCCUACCACAGACCCUAUCCAGCCCCUACCCAGACCUUCCACAGACCCUACCACAGACCCUAUCCAGCCCCUACCCAGACCUUCCACAGACCCUACCAGACCUUCCACAGACCCUAUCCAGCCCCUACCCAGACCUUCCACAGACCCUACCACAGACCCUAUCCAGCCCCUACCCAGACCUUCCACAGACCCUACCACAGACCCUAUCCAGCCCCUACCCAGACCUUCCACAGACCCUACCCAACCCCCACAGACCCUACCACAGACCCUAUCCAGCCCCUACCCAGACCUUCCACAGACCCUACCCAGACCUUCCAGCCCCUACCCAGACCUUCCACAGACCCUACCACAGACCCUACCACAGACCCUACCACAGACCCUAUCCAGCCCCUACCCAGACCUUCCACAGACCCUACCACAGACCCUAUCCAGCCCCUACCCAGACCUUCCACAGACCCUACCACAGACCCUAUCCAGCCCCUACCCAGACCUUCCACAGACCCUACCACAGACCCUAUCCAGCCCCUACCCAGACCUUCCACAGACCCUACCACAGACCCUACCCAGCCCCUAACCAGACCUUCCACAGACCCUACCACAGACCCUAUCCAGCCCCUACCCAGACCUUCCACAGACCCUACCACAGACCCUAUCCAGCCCCUACCCAGACCUUCCACAGACCCUACCACAGACCCUAUCCAGCCCCUACCCAGACCUUCCACAGACCCUACCACAGACCCUAUCCAGCCCCUACCCAGACCUUCCACAGACCCUACCACAGACCCUAUCCAGCCCCUACCCAGACCUUCCACAGACCCUACCACAGACCCUAUCCAGCCCCUACCCGGGCCGUCUGUCUCAAUGAGAUAGGGUAUAGUUUACUUCAGUAUGAGUAA